CCCUUCUCGGACCCUCCAUUCCAUGAACUCUGUCUCUCCUCAACCAACGCUGGGCUACCGUUCCUUUAUCGGCUUCUUGCCAGUCCUUCCUUUUCCUGCUUUUCACACUCCCUUUCAACAAUCAGCUGCUGAGCCUGCUCAGCGCGGCCUGCUCCUUUCAGUUCACUCGACCUGGUUUGUCUUUGCUCGUUCCCGUCCAUAUCCCGGACCAACAAGCAGCCAACAGUCCGUCAACAGACCACCAUUACCUGCAAUUUUUCGGUGACAACUGGUGUUGGCACCCUGGACACCACUUUUGCUGCACAGUCCUAGAGACUCAGCCCAACCUUCGCGCCCAAGCGUUCUCGAGAAGAAGAUUCUGACUCGGAAAUUCACAAACCACAUCAGCUACAAAUCCUCCAAGAUGCUGUUCACCACGGUCCUGGCGACCUUGGUUGCCACUGUUGCCGCAGCCAAGGACAAGCGCACCUUCGCUGUCCUGCGUCACUACGGAAAGGGCCCGUUGACGACAUGCCGUGCCGAUCCCAUUGUCUCGCCUGGGAGCCCUUCUUCCCACGUCCACACCAUCAUGGGAGCCAGCAACUUCGGCCUCAAUGCGACUGGCGAGUCACUACGCCAGUCCAGCUGCACCACCGCCAAGGUCAAGGGCGAUCUCAGCGCCUACUGGUUCCCGACUCUGUACUUCCAAGACCCCGAGACCGGCCUUCUGGAGCAGGUCAAGAUGUUCUACAUGAACGUCUACUACUUCUUCGACGCCACGAAUGACGACAUCAAGGCGUUCCCCACCGGUCUGCAAAUCGUCAGCGGAAACGCCCAGCUGAGGACGGCUCCGUCCAAGUCGGGUGACGCCCAGUUGGACCCUUCCAAGGGACCUGUUCAGCCCGCACAGAUUACCUGCCCCCGCAGCAAUUACAACGCUCCCAGCUGGCCGGAAGGCUCCGACGGCUCCAUGGCCGGCAUCGGGUCGAACAACGACGGCGCUGGCAUCGGCUUCCCCUUUCAGGACUGCGACGGCUACGCUUCGCCCAUGCGUGUCGAUGUCCACUUCCCUUCAUGCUACAACCCCCAGGCCGGCUUGACCAACUACAGGAACAACAUGCAGUUUCCCAGCGAUGCCGGCAACGGCAAGCUCGACUGCCCCGAGGGCUGGAUCCACGUGCCGCACAUGUUCUUCGAGACGUACUGGGACACGCACGCCCUGCUGCCGCGCUUCCAGAACCUGCUUGGCAAGGCAAGCCCCUUUGUCUUCUCCAACGGCGACACCACCGGCUUCUCGGCCCACGGUGAUUUCAUCGCGGGCUGGGACGAGGAGGAGCUCCAGCACAUCAUCGACACUUGCGAUGCCGGCCAUGCUGGUAUCCACUCCUGCCCCGGACUUAAGAACGGCGUCAAUGACGACAGCGGUUCCUGCAACAUCAAAUGCCCCGUCGACGAGGUCAUCGACGGCAAGCUGGAGAAGCUGCCGGGCAACAACCCGCUCGCAGGCUGGGGCAAGGGUGGCGGCGAUGUCGCUGCUCCUCAGCCCAACCCCAACCCCGUCCCCGUCCCCGUCCCCGUCCCUUCUUCUGCUUCGCCCUCUGCUGCUCCGUCGUCGAGCUCCGGUUCCUCUUCAAGCUCAUCGUCUGCUGAGGUGAAGCCGUCGUCGUCGUCUGCUAUUCUGCCACCUGCCACCACUCUGAUCCCCGUCCCGUCCCCGACUCAGGCGCCCGCAAUCAAGGAUGUCUCCACUUCGGCCCAGGUUUCUUCGUCGGCGGUGACCAUCGUCCAGGAUGGCAAGACGACCACUGUUUAUGAGACGGUGACGGUGUGGCAGACCAAGACGGUCUACGAGGGCGGCGGCUCGCCGGCCCCGACCGAGCUCGCCCAGGACCAGUCAGGAAAGGCGGCAGCCGACAUCGCCGGCUUCAAGUACGUGGGCUGCUACAAGGACUCGCACAACCGCGCGCUCAGCGGCGAGGUGCUCCCCAACCUCGGCGCCGUCAGUAACACCAACUGCGUCGAGUACUGCGCGUCCAAGGGCUUCUCAGUCGCGGGCACCGAGUACGGCGGCGAGUGCUACUGCGGCAACAGCUUGUCGCCGCUCGAAAAGAUCGACGAGAGCAAGUGCGCCAUGGCCUGCAAGGGCGAUGGCGACCAGACCUGCGGCGGCGACUGGGCCCUGACGCUGUACGCCGAGGGCGGCGAGUUGCCCGGGGCCAGUGGUGCUGCCAGGCGCCAUGUACAUGCCGGCCACAACCACUACUUGCACCAUGUGCGCCAGCCUUCGAGGCGCUAUCGGAGGUAGAUGCUCCUUUGGAAGUAGGGGC